AUGGAGAUAUAUCUAAUCCUCCUAGCUCUCUAUAUGAUGACUGGCAUCGCAAUGUUAGAGUGGUCAUGGAUUCAAAUGAAAGUUUUUAGAGAAGUAAACGAGGAUAGAGAUUCUCAAUACCCUCCCUAUAGAAGACUCGAUGUUAGAAAUUGGUAAAAGUGGAAAUUCUAUUUUGGAGCAAUGACUCUGUUACCAAUUAGAUUAUUGCUAUGCACAAUUAUACUUAUCAUUCUUUUCCUUUUUAUUAAACUAAUAACUAUUGGGCACAGCUUCAGUGAUGGAAAACCAUUAUCAGGCUGCAGAAAGCCAAUCAUUAAGUUUGCAUACUAAUCAGCAAGCACGCUAGUAGUUUUUAUCACUGGAACAAGGACUGGAAAAAUUAUUAAAAAUGACUACAGUUAUGAAGCAUACCUAGGGCCAAAUUAUAAGAGUGAUCCCCAACCAAAUCAUAUGCCAACUUUUGUAUGCAAUCACACUUCAUGGAUGGACGUAAUGAUGCUCAUCAUUCAUUACGCUCCUGCUUUUGCAGCGAAGAAGUCAUUACGUAAAGUGCCUGUGUUUGGGGUUUUAUGCUAGUACCUAGGAUGCAUAUUUAUUUCAAGAGGAGCUACUGAGGAUUAGAGAAACAGAAUUAUUGACUAAAUUGAAGAGAGACAGCAAGCCAUUGAAUACCUUGGCCAGUACCCACCUCUGUGCAUAUUCCCAGAGGGUGGAACUACCAAUGGUAGAUAUAUCGUUAACUUGAAAAAGGGCGCCUUCAUAGCUGAUAGAUGCGUUCAACCUGUAGUUUUAGACUAUCAGUAUGAUAUGUUUAGCCCUGCUUGGGAUAUCACUCCACUAUUACCUUUAGUAUUUUUACAGUUUUCAUUGAUUAUAUCUUCCACAUGCAAUUUGAUAGAAUUACCUCCAUUCCAGCCUAAUGAAUAUUUGUAUACUAAGCAUGCAGAUAAGGGCAAAGAGAAAUGGGAAAUAUUUGCCUGGGCUGUGAGAGCAGCAAUGGCUGAUGCUGCUAAUAUGAUGGUAAGUGACUAACCCUUGAGAGAAAAAAUGAAGUAUGAAGAGGUUCUCGGAUUCAGAACACCUGCCAAAAAAGAAGCUACAGAAGCAUAGCCUUUAUUGCAACAACAGAGACAAGAGUAAGCUUGA